AUGACAGUAGCAAGCGAGUGCAAGCUCGAUUCAGUUACACAUCCCAUCAAUUCUGGUGACUUGGUUAAGCAAACCAUCGAUGAAUUACGCAAGCAAAAGAUAUCUACCGAAGAUGUGGCAGAAUUCGAUAUUAAACCUAUAAUGGACCUUUUUACACGCAUUAGUGAGGAAAUAGCACUCAAUCAACCAAAGAAUAUUGUACAAUUUAUCGUGGAUUUCCUGUGCAAAAACUACCCAGAUCACUUGCACGGAUUCAGCAAUAUAUGGAACUCAGAUCCCGAAUUGGAACAUAGCCGUAUUGUGGUUAUAGAGUUUUUCAAGCAUAACAAGCUUCCAGUAGAAAUUGCAUCACAUUUCACCCGUGCCGGAUUUGAUACAUUAGAUGCCAUCGCAUCAUUAAAUAAGGAAUCGCUUCCAGAUAUUGAAAAGUACUCCGAUGCUGAGUGGUUGCCCGGACACAAAAUCCGCCUUUUGAGACUGUUUGAAAAUAUUGAAGAGCAUAUUAGCGAGUUUAAACGUGAGAGACCAUUUAACGCUGUACAAAAGGUGGGAAACCCUUAA